AGCAGCAGCGCGCCUCGGUGGACGUCCGCAGCCUCGCUCCGGGAUCCCUUCGCGUCCUCGUGAGACGUGCGCCUACCUGCUCGCCUUCAAGCCUCUUGCCUUCGGAUAUCGCUGCCGCUUUAAACGCAUCCGCACACUCCAGUCUCGUGGUCCUCUUUUUUGUGUGUGUGAGUGUGUGUGUGUGCUUUUUGAAGUGAGCUGCUGUGUCAUAAACAGCGCGCCUGAGGGGAGACUCGCCGCCGAACUUUAAGAGAAGACUCUGCAAACUUUGGAGUUAAACGCGCAGCGGCGGUGCGUUCAUGUGGUUUAUCAUCUGACAGAAAGCGGAGCGUUUCUCUGGAAAACUUACACACGGAUUUUUUCAAACAUGUUCAGCAAGUGCUCCGUGGUGUUAUUGAAUGUCCUUUUUCUGGUGCGGGCGCUCUCGGCUCAUGAGUGCGCGCCGUGUGACCUCCGGACUUGUCCCUUCAGAGCCCCGCACGGCUGCGAGGGUGGCCGGAGCUUGGCCAGGGAUCCGUGCGGAUGCUGUGACCAGUGUACCCGGCUGGAGUGGGAGCCCUGCGGCGGACGGGACUGGGCGCACGGCUACUGCGCCCUGGGGCUGACCUGCGCCUCCUUCAACACAACCGGAGCAGCCGCAAUCCCCGAAAUUGGAGUAUGCAAAGUGCUCCCUGACCAUCCAGAGGCAGGCCUGGAGGACGAGCGCUGUCCCCUGAUGACAGGCUGCGACAGAGCUGGAGGUCAGUGUGUGUGUGAUGCCCGUCACUCCUGCUUGGGCUCUUUCGCCUACCCAGACCAAGAAACCUGCAUGAAGGCCAGCAAGUCAGAGGGUCGCAGACACGAGCACCGCGAAAGGCACAGAGAGAAGUAUGUGGGACCAUCCAACCCGGCCUGCAUGUUCUCUGGGUGUAACCUGACCGCUGAGGGCUGUGUGUGUGAGUCUCAGAGCUGCCACCACCACUUCGCCUACAUCAACCGCAGCCAGUGCCAGGAAGCCGCAGAGGAGCUGAGGUGUGCCGGGGUGACUUGUCCCAGUCGGCAGGUGCCCUCCUGCCCCAAAGGAUCAGUCCUCACCAAGAGUUACACGCCCCCUGCUGGCUGCUGCCCCUCCAUACCUCCCCAGUGCACUUGCGACCUCCGCGCCUGCCGCAAGCCCCAGUGUCCGAGCGGGCAGCGCGCCGUGCCGCUCAGCCAGGCCAGCGGCCAGCCAGGAGACUGCUGUGAUGUCUUUGAGUGCCAGAAAGUCUCUCCCAAGUGCGCCCACAAUGGGAAGGAGUUUUCCGAGGGAGAGGUGUACCGCAUGGACCCCUGCUGGCUGUGUCAGUGUCGGGGUGGAAUCUCCUUCUGCUCCAAGGCAGAGUGCGCUGAGCUGGACUGUGAAAACUUCUACAUUCCUGAGGGCGAAUGCUGCCCUGUCUGCCUAGAUGUGGAGUUGCUGUCGAUGGACAGCACCAAGGCCAGCUGCUGGGUGAAUAACAAGCUGCGAGCCCACGAGGAGCAGUGGAAAGAGGACGACUGCACCUUCUGCCAGUGUGUGGACGGAGAGCCGCACUGCACGGCCAUGGCCUGCAAACAGAGCUGCCAAAAUCCCGUCAAGAUCCCCGGAGAGUGCUGUCCCUUCUGUGAAGAGCCUUCUUAUGAAACGGUUAGCCCCAUGCUGUGUCCUCCCCUGGAAAACUGCUCCCUGUCGGGCAAUGACUGCCCCUAUGGCUUCCAGCAAGACAAAAAUGGAUGUCUGCUCUGCCAGUGUCUCAAUAAUGACUCCUGCCCUGACCUGGGAAAAUACUGUUCCCUGCAAUGCCCAAUGGGAUACGAGAGGGAUGACUUUGGCUGUGAGGUGUGCGAGUGCAGCAUCCCCACGCCCAAGUGCCGACCUCUGACCUGCACAAAGACCUGCCCCUAUGGAUAUGUGAGGAACAAACAUGGCUGUGAGAUGUGUCGCUGCGUCAAGUGUCCUCCCUUCACCUGCGACAAGCACUGCAGCGACGGCUACCGACAGAACAGGAAGGGCUGCUCCAUCUGCAUGUGUAAAGAAAGUGGCCACGUCCCGAGCACCGCUGCCCCGGCACCGAUGCCCAGCUUCUGCCUCACCUCCAACGGGCACCGGUACGAGGAAGGUGACGGCUGGCACGAUGGUUGUCGCGACUGCUACUGCCACUCUGGACGGGAGAUGUGCGUGCUCAUAUCCUGCCCCGUGCCCAGCUGUUCCCAUCCGGUUGUGAGGCCCGACCAGUGUUGCCCUACGUGCGAGGAUGAGUCAGGCAGCGGUCAGCCGGAGGGGAUGGACAUGGUGGUGUGUCGAGCACCUGGGGGGGAAUUUUACGUGGAGGGGGAGACCUGGAACCUGGACGAGUGCACACGCUGCACCUGCAGGAAGGGACGUGUCCUGUGCGACACUGAAGUGUGUCCCCCAGCGCUCUGCCAGACACCAAUCAGGAACAAGGACACCUGUUGCCACGCAUGCCCAGACGAGACGCUGAGCCCCUUGCUGCCAGUGAACAACAGCCAGCAGGAGUACUGCAUAACCAACGACGGGGACGUGCUGCUGGCGGGAGACUCCUGGAAAGCCAACGCCUGCACCAGCUGCACCUGCAACAACGGCACCAUUCAGUGUUUCUCUCAGCGCUGUCCGGCUGCCAACUGCAGGGUGCCCGUCUUACGCAAGGGCCAGUGCUGCCCACACUGUCUCGAAAUGACUACAUCAGUGCCGGUGAUGGUGUCUACCAACGCCCCCAAGACGACGGUCACUGUCACAGUGGAGAGCGCAGUGUGGAUCACCACAGUCACUGUGCCACCCAUCAUCGCUGACACAGAUGAGCCAGGUUUGGGUGAGAAUUACCCCAGCCAAACAGAGAUGGCCCUCAUCUACCAAUCGGCAGCCUGGAUCCUGGCAGGUCUCCUCCUGGCCAUCAUCAUCUUCCUCAUCGUGGCGCUACUCAUCAACAAGAAAAAGAAGUGGGUGCAGAUGUCCUGCUACAGUGCGCCAAAGAAGACGGUGAUCCUGAAGAAGCACGUAAACAAGAACUCAGUGGUCUACAUGGAGCCCUCCAAGGAGAACAAAUUUCAGAAUGUGAAGAACGACUGCGGCAUCAUCCAUUUCUCUCCAGAAAUGAGCUCGCCCUGCGUGGACAAGAUGACCAUCCCCAGGGCCAAGCUGAGCAUGGGCAACGACUGGACGCCGCGCUAAGCCCACCGCUCGAACCCUGCAGAUCAGAGCUGUCCGGCACCUCCCACUCCCUCUUACUGCUGUGUCCGAGGUGAUCGGUGCAGCGGCGCGCACUCACACCUUGGGCGCCGCCUCGUUCCCACCCUUCUCUCUCUCUCUGCGUGACAGUAAAACUGAGGACGCUCUACGGGAGACAAACCAAGCGACCUCUGUCUCUUUUAUCAUGUGUCCAUAUUCUUCUGUGUUCGGAGCUGUGGGUGGAGUGAGACACUGGGAGGUGGACGGACGCACGGACAUGUAAAGGACACAGCCACUCUGGGCUCUGCUUUAAAACAGAGAGGGAGGCAGCCAGAGAGGCUCCUCUGUCAGAAUCAGACUUUGACUGUGAACAUUGUAAUAUUAUUGCUUAUUAUUGCCUCCUUUUGAAACGAACUUUGAGGCAAUAAGAGGAGCAUAAAAAGCUUUAGGUCAGGGGUUUGGGCUGUAGUUUAAAGGGGGUCUAGAGGAUGAUGCCCCCCCUGAGUUCAGCAGCGCUUCAUGGAUGUAAUCAUUUUCAUCAGCAGGGAGGCCAAAGGAACCGAUAAUCCAGUUGGAUCGCAUUGGGUUCAGCAGCCAAAUCACAACGAGUCAACAGUCUUUAUAGAGACCCCCAGAUCCAAACCCCUGCUUUAGAAUGUGUGGUUUCCAGCUUAGUUUUUGUAUAUUUCUACAGUAUUUGUACUUGUCGUAGUGUUGUUCUUGGCCGCCUCUCAUUUUUAUUAUGGGUGUCUCUCCGUGGGGCCAGAUUGAAACAUUUUGAAAAUGCCAGUCUAAACAUUCCCCGCGAUCGAGUUCAGGAAGGACACACUUCCCAAAUAACAGCCUUGUUCCUACCUUCCAAUGACCCGAGCCGUUCCAUUCAGAAAACCCCCGACAACAAAACCGCAGUUCUACGAAAUGAAAUACGUGACUCUCCUGUGUUUUGUGAGCUCGCCCGCGACACAGUACCCAGCAGCCCUGGUCUUUCCGCUCAGCCUCACCCAACCUCGACUCCGCCGGAAGGACUCGGUCGUACUUCAUCAUCUCAGACAUGGCAGAGUGGAAGUAGAAGUGAUGUUCAUCCAGGAGGAACGUCCUUUUAUUGGCUGCAGCGGAUCCAAAAUGGUGCCAGACGCUUCAUCUGGAUCCAUGAGGAAUGUCUUUGAUACCUUGCCUCACUUCAUAAUCACUUCAUUCACAGCCGUGUGUGUGUGUGUGUGUGUGUGUGUGGAGCUACUGUUCACACCGAAUGUUAGCAAUAGUUAGUAACGAUUCAUUUUAAAGCCUUAAUUCAAUAGCCUUAAUGCAUUUUCUUUGUUCAUAACCUGUUUUCAUAAUGUUGUCAGCCCAUAGCAAGCCAUCUAAAGACUGUAACACAUUCACCCAAUGUUAAAAUGGACAGAUUGCGUGGCACAGCGUCACAGAUGGUUCAUAUACGAGUGAAUUAUGGGAUGUGGAGACGUUGGAGCACGAGGGGAGCAAAAUCCGAGCAUGUUAAAGAGACGUAGCACUUUUCUUUGGAGCCAGUGUUUUUUCGAAAGCCCGCUACAGGAUUCUUGGAGGGAUAAAGGCCCUAAUCAGGGAUUUGAUAGGCAUAUUAAGCUCACGGAGAUGUUAAACCACUCGAGUGAACACGCUGUUUCAGCGAGAGGCUCGGCAACGAUCAGAUCAGCGCAGGGGGGGACGGACUCCGAGGAGCCUUACGAAACAAACUGGGGCUUCAUAGGAAAAGGUUUUGGAACCAGAUUUCUCAACCCAUCGCCAAUUUCCCAACACACAGGCCGUUCUGAUGCCAAAAUUGGUUGGAGACCAAUUUAUGUCGCAGUGUUUUAGUAGCUUGGUAGAUUUGUGUCUGUUUGAAUCAUGACCAUGUGCUUUAAAAUGAAGAGGUGACUGUAAAAGCUUACGCAAUUCUUUGUUCUAUGUGUAAAAAAGUAGUUUAAAUUAGUAGGACAGAAGAGUACCUUAUUUAUUUUUUCACAUAGCUUUAUUUAUUAAUACUAUAGUUUGAGUUUUUUUUGUUUUUUUUGGAACAAUGAACUUUUGGUAGCCAAAGCUGUACAUUGUAGACUAUUUACCAUUUCUAUCUGCUAUAUUCUGUACAACCUUAUUUAUUUCACUGUUGCAAACCCUGUAAAUAUGUUUCCUAGAUGAUGAACUGUAACAUUUACACUUAUUUUGAAAAAUAAAUGUG